AGUGAGAGAGGAAGGUGAACGCACCUUGCAUCCAGCCAUGGGAGGUCAGAUCACCAGGAACACCUUCUACGAUUCUCUGAACGGGCCGUUUCCCACCACAUCUCACCGAUGCCACCACAAGCCCAAGCGCUGCCUGCCCAUCCAGCCGUGUGGAAGUUUGUCCUCCUUCCCUCUCCUCUUCCAUCCCAGCACCAAGGGCUCGCAGAUCGUCAUGGACAUGUCCCAGAGGACCGUCAAGAGACAGGCCAGCUUCUGUAACGCCAUCACCUUCAGCAACAGACCCAUCGCUGUGUAUGAACAAGUUCGUCUGAAGAUCACUAAAAAGCAGUGCUGCUGGAGUGGUGCUCUCCGUCUUGGUUUUACAUCCAAAGACCCAUCGAGGAUCAACCCAGACACUUUGCCAAAGUACGCCUGCCCCGACCUGGUCUCCCAGAGCGGCUUCUGGGCAAAAGCCUUACCGGAGGAGCUCUCCAACGAGGGAAGCGUCAUCUCCUUCUGGGUGGACAAGAAGGGCCGGGUGUUUUACCGCAUCAACGACUCCAGCCCAAUGCUGUUCUUCAGCGGGGUACAAGUCUCUGAACCGCUGUGGGCUCUCAUAGACGUCUACGGCCUCACCAGGGGCGUGCAGCUACUGGACAGCGAGAUGGUGACCCUGGACUGCCUGCGUCCUCGAUCUUUUGCUGCCGCCCACCGGGCCUCCAUUCAGCGAAACGGUGAUGACCCUCGCCUUUCCAUCAGCCUGUGUGACCUGAGCCUGCAGCAACAGGAGACGCAUCUGGAGGAUGAUGAUGAGGAAGAGGAACAGCUACAACGCCUAAGCUCCGCCUCCUGCCAUGUGCCCCAAAACUCUCAGAACUCGCAGCAGUGCUCGCUGCUGCCCAGCCAUUUGGACAAUGAUCUGCACUUCCACUCGGUGCACGGCGUCCACGUUACGGUGCUGGACAAGCACACGGUGGCGCGGCUGGAUCACCGUGGUGACGAGAGGACCCUGGUGUUCACCAGCCGGCCAAUGCACCUCUCGGAGACGGUGUUUGUGAAGGUGAAGGCAGGUGUCACACGGCCUGGGUCUCUCUCUUACGGUGUGACAUCAUGUGACCCAGCCACCCUGAGGCCCAGCGACCUCCCAUCCAACCCAGAAUCCCUGGUCGACCGCAAGGAGUUCUGGGCCGUGUGUCGGGUGGCGGUGCCGCUCCACAGUGGAGAUAUCUUGGGCUUUGUGGUAAACGCAGAAGGGGAGGUCAUGAUGAGCCAUAACGGCAUCAGUGCAGGGAUGCAGCUGUGUGUCGAUAACUCCAGACCCCUCUGGAUGUUCUACGGUCUGCACGGCAACUUCACACAACUCAGGAUUUUAGGCUCAUCUCCACACCCGGACCUACGAGGCGUGUCGGUCCCCAGCUCCCCAUCCUGUACACCCAACACCCCGACAAUGCUUGGCAGCGGCAACUCCGAGCCCAACCUCAACACACCCUUGAACAUCAACCUCAAUUCGAGCCUCAACGGUACAACCCCAAGCUCUCCAUUCUCCAGCCAUCCGGAGUCCCCUACCUUCCCAUCCUGCUCAGGCUCGUGGAGCGACGAAUGCACCAUUUGCUACGAGAAUGUGGUGGACACGGUCCUCUACGCCUGUGGACACAUGUGUCUCUGCUACACCUGCGGCCUCAAACUCAAGAAGAUGGCCAACGCAUGCUGCCCCAUUUGCAGGAGGACAAUCAAAGAUAUCAUCAAGACCUACCGGAGCACGUAG